AUGCUCAUUGGGAAGGGUGGAUAUGGCUUGGUUUUUAAAGGGGAGCUCUUACUUUCUGGUAAACUUACUUUUGUGGCCGUGAAGCGACUAGAUACUAACAUCUCCGGUCAAGGGUUGAAGGAGUUUUCAACUGAGAUUCACUUGCUAACUCGUUAUAAACAUCCAAACUUAGUCUCCCUGCUUGGUUUCUGUGAAGAACACGGCGAAAAGAUACUAGUUUAUGACUAUGCAGAACGUGGAAGCCUCGAAAGAUACCUAACCAGGGGUAAAUCAACCGUUCAACUAUCUUGGUUGCAAAGGCUUAAUAUAUGCAUCGAUGCGGCCCGGGGUUUGGAUUAUUUGCAUAACCAUGUUGCACAAGACCAUAGAGUCAUCCACAGGGACAUAAAGAGUGCAAAUAUUCUUUUAAGUCGUUUCAAUAUGAAGGCUGAGGCUAAAUACCUUAGCGGUCCACACGAGAGUCUUCAAGGCUGUAACAAUAAAAGCUUUAAGAGUAGCCAUGGGGUGCCUAGCCGGGCAAAUAACUUGCCUUCCCAUGUUAUCCCAGAACUUGAACAUGAAUUUAAACAACUCUUGUCAAUUUACAGCAAACCUGUGGAACCUGAUAGGAUUUAUGAAUGCCUCCCUAGUUCACUAAGGCCAUCAUCUGGAUCACCUGAUGCAAGUAACAAGGAUCUGUCUAAUAGUCAUACAGCUGCUUUUAAUCCUCUAGUCCUCGUACCACCUCGGUUAAUGCCUGUGCUUCAUGAUUUAGCUCAAGAUAUGGUGAAUGCUGGUCAUACUCGGCAGUAUCUGAUUAUUUACAGGGAUGCCCGUUCUCAACCACUGCAAAAAAGCCUUCACCAAUUGGGAGUGGAGAAGCUUAGUAAACAUGAUAUUGAAAAGAUGGAAUGGGAGGUCUUGGAACUCAAGAUCGGGACAUGGAUUCAUUCUAUGCGCAUUGCAGUAAAAUUGUUAUUUGCUGCUGAAAGAAAUCUGUGUGAUCAGAUGUUUGAAGGCAUUGAGUCCCUCAAGGAUCAGUGUUUUGUUGAGGUUACACAAGGCAGCGUUGACAUGCUACUUAGUUUUGGAAAUGCAGUUGCCAAAAGCAAAAGAUCACCUGAGAAGUUAUUUGUGCUUCUUGACAUAUAUGAGAUUAUGCGUGAGCUGCACUCAGAGAUUGAAAUGCUUUUUAGUGGUAAAGCUUGCAAUGCUAUUAUAGAAGCUGCACUAGGUUUGACAAGGCAACUUGCCCAAACAGUAAAAGACACAUUCGAAGAUUUUGAAGAAGCAGUUGAAAAAUAUGCAACAAGAACAGCUGUUGCAGAUGGAACUGUUCAUCCACUCACAAGCUAUGUCAUCAACUAUGUGAAAUUCUUAUUCGACUAUCAAUCAACACUGAAGCAACUAUUUCAAGAGUUCGAAAAGGGAGACGACUCCAACGCUCAGCUGGCAUCUGUAACGAUGCGAAUUAUGCAGGCCCUUCAAACCAAUUUGGAAGAGAAGUCAAAGCAGUACAAGGAUCCAGCAUUGACUAACUUAUUUUUAGUGAACAAUAUUCACUAUAUGGUCCGAUCCGUGCACAGGUCUGAAGCAAAGGAUUUGUUUGGGGAUGAUUGGGUGCAACGACACAGAAGGAUUUUGCAGCAACACGCUAAGCAAUAUAAACGGAUAGCAUGGGCCAAGAUACUAGAAUCUCUCUCGAGUCAAGAGGUGGCCUCAUCAGGGGGCGAUGGAGGAAAUAGUGGUGGGGCUUCACGAGCUCUCGUAAAGGAGAGAUUAAGGGUUUUUAAUCUUCAAUUCGAGAAGCUUCAUCAAAGACAAUCUAAAUGGACUGUUCCUGACCUAGAGCUUCGGAAAGCAUUGAGACUUGCAAUUCGUGAAGAUUUGUUGCCGGCAUAUGUAACUUUCAUAGAACGUUAUGGGUCACUUGUGGAUAAUGGGAAGAAUCGUCACGAGUACAUAAAGUAUUCAUCAGAGGACCUUGAUCGGAUGAUUGGGGAAUUUUUCGAAGGACGAGAAAUAGUAAAACAGAAAGCAGCAAAAGAAAGGAGCAUUUUUGGUAGUUUGUUCUCAGCUCUCAAAAGAAAAGAAAAGUAACAAAGACCAAGAAUAGUGAAGUAUAAAGGCUCAAGGAGAACGUUGUGACUUGUGAGCACGUUAUAACAGUUCCGUUCUUUAAAAAACGCGAUUUGAUGGAUUGGCAUAAAGUAAAAUUCAUGGUUGGCAAAUUUGGUAUCUGAGACUCUUAAGUAUGUAAUCUUCCAAUUUGUAAAGGAUUAAUUUAGUGUAA